CUGCUGUUAGUGGAGUUGUGCGCGCGCUGCCCACAUGAAUCCUCCUCCUCCUCCUCCACUGUAAGUGAGGUUCAGUCAGUGGAGCGCGCGGCUCCGCGGCUCUCUGGAUUUAUUAACUGCAGACCACUGAAGCGCGCGCCCCCUCUGAGCGGAUCCAUACUACAGAUUACACUUUAACUUCUCUAUCGGGGAGAUUCAGAGAGAGAGAGAGGAGUGGAGGAGGAGGACGGACUUCUGUUCCCCCGCUAAACUGAGCUGAGCUGGAGGUUUCCACCGUGUUUACCGGUCACUCUGAGGAAGGAGCUGAGGAGGGAGGAGGACACAGCAGCAGUGAAGAGCGGGGUUAACUAACCUAACUGACCCCGGUCUGCAGCGGCUCCGCUUCCAGGAAGCGCGGAGGAGCUGCGGCAUGUUUCCGCUGUAAAGUUUCUGAGGAGGUGUUUCCAUUUCUUCUGAAAGCCGCUGAAGUUUAUGAAGAAACACCUGCGAGCAGCAGGAAUGGAGACGAGGCGCCGCCGCUGCUGCUGAACCUGAGGCCUGGUGAUCAGAUCGAUGCUGAAGAUGGAGCCUGGGCUGCUGGGAUCAGUGUGGCUCCCGCUUUUGGUUUUGCUCGCUGGUGUGUCAUUAGGAGUAAUGGAGCUGGAGCCCUUGUCUCAGGAAGAAUCUCAUCCCGCUGGAUCAUCUCUCAGGAACAUCACUCUGGCUAUCAUUCUACCAAAACAAAACACAGAGUACCCGUGGGCCUGGCCCAGAGUGGGCCCUGCUCUCAACUGGGCUCUGGAAAAGGUGAACUCUGACCCCACCCUGCUGCCAGGGUACCACAUGCAGCUGGUUUUCAGCAGCAGCGAAAACAAGGAGGGCCUGUGCUCAGACUCAGUGGCUCCUCUAGUGGCUGUGGACUUAAAGUUUGCCCAUGACCCGUGGGCCUUCAUCGGGCCGGGAUGUGACUAUGCUUCUUCACCUGUAGCUCGCUUCACCACACACUGGGAGGUUCCAAUGGUAACGGCUGGGGCCCCAGCACUGGGCUUUAACAUGUACUCGUCCAUAACCAAUACGGGGCCCACACACAAGAAACUGGGGGAGUUCGUAGUGAGGAUGCACCACAACUUUGGCUGGCACAAGUACGCCAUGGUCAUGUUUCACGACAAAAAGAACGAUGACAGGCCGUGCUACUUUGCAGUGGAAGGGCCGUACACAGAGAUGACUGCAGACAACAUCACUGCCAAAGACAUGGUGUUUAAUGAAGAUGAUGAACCACUGUCCUACGCGGAUCUUAUCAACGGUAUCAGCCAGCGAGGACGAGUGGUGUACGUCUGCUGCAAGUGGGACACGUUCCGGAAGCUGAUGGUGCAAUUUUAUAAGCAGAGACUUCCCCAGGAGGAGUAUGUCUUCUUCUUUAUCGAUCUGUUUGGAGAGAGCCUUCGGAGUCGCCCGGCAAAACCAUGGGCACGAGGAGACGCAGAUGAUGAGGCUGCCAAGCAGGCCUUCAAAAGUGUGAAGAUCAUGACCUACAGAGAGCCUCAGAACCCAGAAUAUAAGCACUUUGUGUCCAAGAUGAAGAGAGAUGCCAAGAAGGAGUUUAACUUCAGUAUUGAAGACUCACUGAUGAACCUGAUUGCUGGAGGCUUUCAUGACGGAGUGCUGUUAUAUUCUCAUGCCCUGAAUGAGUCAAUGGACCAGUCAGGACUGCGGCCGCCGGGUCAUGUGGUCACCAAGAAGAUGUGGAACCGCACCUUCCAUGGUGUUACAGGCCUGGUGCAGAUGGAUGAGAACGGCGAUCGUGAAAUCGAUUUUGCUCUCUGGGACAUGACGGACACUGAAUCAGGAGUUUAUGAGAUUGUGUCUGUGUAUAACAGUAGUGCGAAACAGAUGGUUCUGGAGCCAGGGAUGAAGGUCCAUUGGCUGAAAGGCUCUCCUCCUCCUGACAUCCCUGUGUGUGGCUUUAAGAAUGACAACCCUGCCUGUCUCGCCAAAACGGUCACCAUGCACCAGAUGAUCUCUAUAGUGGCGUGCUUCAUCUUUAUCAUCAUCGUUACGGUCACCGUCUUCAUCUACAGAAAGGUGAAGCUGGAGAACGAGUUGGCCGCUCAGCUGUGGAGGGUUUACUGGGAGGACAUUCAGAUAAGCAACCUGGACAAAGCGCUGCGCCGAGCCUGCAGCAGAUUGACCCUGUCACUGAGAGGCUCCAAUUAUGGCUCUCUGUUGACCCUGGAGGGAAACGUUCAGAUUUACGCCAAAACCUGCUACUACAAGGGAAACAUUACAGCCAUUAAGUAUGUCAACAAGAAACGCAUCGAGCUCACCAGGAAAGUGCUGUUUGAACUCAAACAUAUGCGUGACGUACAGAAUGAACACCUGAACAGAUUUAUUGGAGCCUGCAUUGAUGCCCCAAACAUCUGCAUUCUCACUGAGUACUGUCCUCGAGGCAGCCUGCAGGACCUCAUGGAGAUUGAAAGCAUCACACUGGAUUGGAUGUUUCGCUACUCUCUGAUAAAUGACAUUGUAAAGGGCAUGGCAUUUCUCCAUAACAGUGUGAUCGUCUCCCAUGGCAACCUAAAGUCCUCCAACUGCUUGGUAGACAGCCGCUUUGUGCUGAAGAUCACCGACUAUGGCCUGGCCAGCUUUCGCAAAGAGAGCUACUUGGAAGACACGCAUGCUUACUAUGCACGAAAACUGUGGACAGCUCCAGAGCUGAUGCGGGAUGAGAACAGACAACCCUGUGGUACACAGAAGGGAGAUGUUUACAGCUUCGGCAUCAUCCUACAGGAACUGGCCUUGCUCAAAGGCGUGUUCUACCUGGACAGCCCCCCAUUCAGCCCUAAAGGUGUGGUUGAGAGAAAAAAAUCAGAUACACAGGGAGAGAGAGAGAGAGAAAGAGAGAGAGAGAAUAAGAGAAAUUGGGAGGCAAGAGAUCAAGCAUACACAGGAGACACAUUUCUGGCACAGAGCCAGGUGAUGAGUAGCGCAGAGGGAGUUGAAGGCGAGAUUGUGGAGCAUGUAGCUGAAGGCCGAUGGCCGUAUCUGCGACCGCUGCUGUGCACACAGAGCCACAGUGAGGAGCUGGGUCAGCUGAUGCAGCGCUGCUGGUCAGAGGAUGUCAACGAGAGGCCAGAUUUCAACCAGAUCAAAGUGAUGCUUCACAAGAACAACAGAGGCUACGGCUCCAACAUCCUGGAUAACCUGCUGUCUCGCAUGGAGCAGUAUGCUAAUAACCUGGAGGAGCUGGUGGAGGAGAGGACACAGGCGUACCAUGAGGAAAAGCGCAAAGCUGAAGCCCUGCUCUAUCAGAUCCUGCCUCAUUCAGUAGCAGAGCAGUUGAAAAGAGGAGAGACGGUGCAGGCUGAGGCCUUUGACUCUGUCACCAUCUACUUCAGUGAUAUUGUGGGUUUCACCGCAAUGUCGGCAGAGAGCACACCUAUGCAGGUGGUGACUUUACUGAAUGACCUGUACACAUGUUUUGAUGCCAUCAUUGACAACUUUGACGUUUACAAGGUGGAGACAAUCGGCGAUGCCUACAUGGUGGUGUCAGGACUACCUGUGAGGAACGGAAAGCUGCAUACCGGGGAGAUAGCACGCAUGUCUUUGGCCCUGCUGGAAGCCGUCUACUCAUUCAGGAUUCGCCAUCGUCCCGACCUACAGCUGCGCCUCCGCAUCGGCAUCCACACCGGUCCUGUGUGUGCAGGUGUUGUUGGACUGAAGAUGCCAAGGUAUUGUUUGUUUGGAGACACAGUGAACACAGCUUCACGCAUGGAGUCGAAUGGAGAAGCGCUGAAGAUCCAUGUGUCGGAGGCCACACGUGCGGUACUGCAGGAGUUCAACUGCUUCCAGCUGGAGCUGAGAGGAGACAUAGAAAUGAAAGGCAAGGGGAGGAUGAGGACCUAUUGGCUUCUGGGAGAAAGCACCUCCAACCAUGCCUGAAUGGAACAGAGGGAGAACCAAGCAAAAUAAGCUUUGUUUCUGAGAGGAGAGCUGCCGAUGAGAUUUAUAAAAUCAUGUAGCAAAAACGUUCAGAGCUUUGAAUGAAGAGAGCAGAGAUACAGAGAAAAAAAAACGAUUGGAAGAGCCUCAGGAUGAGGUCUCAGGACAUUGUUUUCUCUCAAAGCUUCAGUUUGUGGCUACACAUGAAUGUUAACAUGACUGGGACAAAAUAAGGGAAAAGUGAUGUGAAAAAUGUCUGACAUUUGAAGAAGUUCUGAACAUGAUGUAAAAAUUUUCCACAAUGCGAACUGUGGCUGUAGUUUGAGGUUGGUGCCAUCUAGUGGUGAAAUACUGUAUAUGUCUUCUCAUGAAUGAACAGUUUAUUAGAGUAGCUUCUACAUUUUAGCUACAUUUUUUGGUAGCCUCACUUUGUGUAAAGACAAAUAUUGUGUUUUUUGCUUUUCCCUGCAAAUGAAUAGUCUUCUCUAUAUUGCUACUCAGUAUUUCCUGGUGUAUUACAGUAUGUGAAGCGAAAGACCGUGGAUCAAUCAACUCCAUCUGCUCCUUAAAUACAUAAAACCUCUUGUAUGACAAUGACUAAUAAUGCAGCACUGACAGAUACAAAGGAUGCUGCAGAUCCUUGUUGUGAUACUCAAAAUAUGAAGAUGGUAUACAGGGGGUAGAAAUAAUGGAAACAGAAGAUUUUACAGGUAGAAGUGACUAGAUAGUAGUUGAAAAGCAAUAUGGAUGUCUGGUUCUUACUACUGAGAACAUGUGCAGUGCUGAGCAGAAGUUCUAAGGCUCAUUUAUGCUCAUUUUAGAUUUACAAAAAAUAUCAUGCCAGUUAUUAACAAUGUAAAUGUCACGGCCAACAUACUACACAACUGUGUGUCCUUUAUGCUGGCACUAGAGGGCCGGUCAGAGUCAAACAUUCUAAAUAGAAAACAACAAUGACUUCAAUGUAGUUCUGUAGCAGUGUAGUUUGUUUCUGUGCUUCUACCAUUUGACAACAAUAUAGAUUGUUUAAAUUUCUCACAAAAAAAACUCUCUUGAAGGUUUUCUUUUCUGCCUAUUUUUUCUUCUUUAUUAUGUUUAUAUGGUAGUAGUACUAUGGUAAUUUGCUUGAUCUGUUGCACACACUGCCCCAAAUUUUACUGUUCAUAUUAGUAACUUCUUAGAAAAUGCUUAAAAAAGAGCAGAAAGAAGACUCUGUUCAUAUCCAUGUUUAACACUGAGCAUAAAUGAGCCUUUAAGUGGCCAAAACACCUGAUUAUUUUUUUUUGCCUACAUUUGAACAUUAGAAUACUUGCUAUCCAUUUAAAUGGACUUUUGCCCCGUACUGUUAAACAGUGUCUUACUAGUAUAAUAAAGGCUUCCAGGAUCUUUAGCAUUUCAAUUUCUAAAGCAAUAGGAGGCACCUAACAAACUGUAAAACAUAUUAUUUUCCAGAUUGAGGCUUAGGGGAACAGGUCAAAGGAUAAGUAUACUGAAGGUAAGCCUGCUACCAUUAGUAUACCAACUAGAUCCAGAAUCAGAAAAAAGUUUACAGUAUUUAUAAUAGUUUUUGAAACCAGUUUGUAAGCAAAAUAAAGACACAUACACAUAGCACACCAAUUAUUCAUUCUGAAUGACGAGAAUCUCUACAUGAAUAGAAGUCUAAGGUCUGUGUCUCAGUCAGUGUUGUAUAGCAAUAUUGUACAAAUAUGUCUCAGUUAAUAUCCAGCUUUACCUGAAUGUCAUAAACUUUGUUUUAUAAAGGUGAAACAAAGCUUGUUAAAAUUACAGUCAAACUGUAAUUCUUCUGAAUGAAUUGUACUGUAUAUACUAUCCUAUAAAAAGUACCGUAGUUUCACAUUUUCAGUGCAAGCAGGUGUUGGAAAAGUACAUAAAAAAUAUUACUGUGCUGAGCCAAAAUUUUCAAAAGUGUGAAAGUCAAGAAAUAUUGGUAUACAAAAGUCACUACACAAAAGUCAGAAAACCUGUUCAAUAAACAUUUGUAAGCAUUUAAGGUUAUUGAUUUCAAUACAAGCGUUUAAAAUAAUAUUUAAUGGGGCACUAGCAUUUAUUAUUAUUUGUCAAACUAUUCAGACACUGUUUCAGAACUCCGGUUUCACAGGAUUCACAAUUUUGUAUCAUAAUCAUGCAUUACAUGAAUGUGUCUUAAGCCCUAUCUGGACGGGAUUAGUUUCUUAGGGGGAUGUCUGUGAAAAAUAUUUUAUACUACUACUUAGUGAUAAAACUCAGUUAACUGCAAUUAAAAAACAGGAGGACCAGUGAUAUCCGUGGAAACGCGCACCCAAAGUGAAAUUAAGGUGCGUGGCAGUAGACAAAUAGCUAUUUUAUUAAACGCGAGGUGACGAAACUCAGAGAUAUGCGUCUGGUCGGGAGUAAAAUUACCAUGAAAUUCAACGAAAAACAGUAGGAAAUUCAGCCUGUAAUUUUCUCAGAGGACGUCUGAGAACUAUAUGUUGAAUAGGGAGCCUAUCCCAGCAGGCAUUGGGCAGGAGGCAGGAUACACCCUGGACAGGCCGCCAAUCUAUUGCAGGGCAGACAGACACAGACAGACACACAGACACAUUAGAUGUAGCAAUAGAUAUAUAUUUUUUAUUUUGACCAGAGUGCCCCUUUAAGUACAAUAGUAUAGCACCCAUUCCACCCAUAAUUGCAAGAAAGCUUCUUAUGUUCACCCACAUUGCCUCAUUUCCACUAUUUUGUCUACCUCCUGUAUAUUCAUGUUAUAUUUGAUGUAUACAAAAUGCUGAAUGUUAAAGCAAACAUGGGGAAAAUGUGAUUUUUUUAUGUGAUAUGGAUUAUAUGUGAUACAUAUACGUGAGUAAUUUGCCACAUGUACAGGCCAACUACAAUGCAUUACAGUGUUAAAAAAAGAUACGUUUUAUUAGCUGUACUCUCUGCAACCCUGAGUGCCUCCAUUAACUGUAACCAGCAUAGACAAAAUAGGUGAAGCUGAGUCACAGCAACUGCAAAGCCAAGUGAAUUAGCAUUAGUUACAGUAGUGUGUCAUUCAUGCUUAUUUUUAACCCAAGCAAUAGUUUUGCAGAUUGCAGCAAGAGUCUUUCUGGAGCCACUUAGAAUGAAGUGCCUCGCUGAAGGGCAUUCUGGUAGAAGCAGGAUGUUAAUUCUCGGGGGGGGAGACACUCUUUUGAGGGUCAACAUAUAGUUCCAGUCUGAAAUUUAGACACACUUAUCAGGGGUGUAAUAUUGCAGUAUUGGGCUUUUUAAAUUGUUUUUUUAAACCUUUUUGGACUUUUUCUGGGUGAGAAUAAUGCUGUGUUAAAUUUAAACUCAUAUGUCGAAAUGUGUAUGUUUCAGGUAUAAAUAUCCAACUACAAAGUCCCAUCAUGUUGGAUUUCCUACUCCCCAGCUAACAGAAAACUUUAUUAAAAUAUUUGGCAACAUUGUUAAAAGGUUCCAGGAAGGUUAGCCUGUAACGUUACAGAAAUUAUGUUCCAGUAACAUUCUGACAACGUGUGGCAUAAUAACGGUUUGCAUCACAACAUUAUCAUAACUUUUCUAACAUAAUAUUUCCAACCAGACGAAUACUAACAUUAUGUGUAAUGUUAAGACUAACAUUCCAGGGGGUCCUGGGGGUGGUCCAGUGGCUAAGCGCUGCCACUAAGAUCAGGAUCGAAUCCGGUUCAUGUAGCUUGCCAUGGGCUACCGGAGCCCUGAGGGAGCACAAUAGGACUUGCUCUCUCUGGGUGGGUAGAUGGUGCCCCUCAAAAUCACUCCUAGGGUGAUGUCGAUCAGCACAAGGCGUCUGUGAGUUGAUGUAUCGGAGCAGAGUCACUGCGCUUUCCUCCAGGCGUGCUGUGAUGCAAUGCUCCCUCAGCAGCAGCUCAAAAAGAGGCGGGGGCUGGCUUCACAUGUAUCGGAGGAAGCAUGUGCUAGUCUUCACCCUCCUGGUGUUGGGGCAUCACUAGUGAUUUCUAAUGAUAGAAAAUAAUUUCAAAUAACAUAAAAGAAAGUAACAUUCCCAAAACAUUGAUACCAGUGAUGCUGCAGCAACCAGUUACCAGAACAUACUUUUCUUCACGUGGAUGUGCAAAAUACUGAAUAUCAACUUGUAUCACUAACAUUGGACAUAUUGUGGCUGCUCAAUAGUUAUCAAACCAGUUGUAAUGAACUCCAAAGUCUUUAUGGUGUACAGUUAUUGGAAUGUUUAUCUGGAACACCAUUAGUUUGAGUGUGACAUCAUUCCCAUCAUUUAAAUAGAAUACAGCAUAAAUAUGCAACAUAUACAAAAGUUUGGAUUCACUUUCUCAUUCAUUGUUUUUCUUGGAUUGCUUUUGGAUAACCUUGUCACUCCUGGAGCAAAAUCAAGCAGUUCAGCUUGAUUUGAUGGCUUGUGAUCAUCCAUCUUCCUCUUGAUUAUAUUCCAGAUGUUUUUAAUUAGGUAAAAUCAAAGAAACUCAUCAUUUUUAGGUGCUCUCUUUAUUUUUUUUCCAGAGCUGUGUAUCCAUCAUGAGUGUAUGUAAACUUCCGACCACUGCUGUAGAUCCGAUAUUGCCAAAAACUUUCACCAGCUGUUGAUUUAGUAAUUACCGUAGCUGAAUCACACUAAUGUGGUAAAUGUAUAUAAAUGUUACUGUGUUCACUGACCAUUGACUUAUCCACUAUUAUUUGCCACAGGGUUUCUGAGAACACCAGCUAGUGUAUAUGGACUAUAGAUUGUGUGUGUCAAUAUGAGUAGCUUCCACUCUGAAUAUAUCCAGCCUGCUAACAAUGAAUAACCUUUUACAAACACACAGCAGUUCAAAUCCUGGGUCAUGCUGCCUGGGUGGGAAGUUAGUGUUCUCUCUCUCCAUGUGUUUUGGAGGAAAACCGGGAUAAAAAUACAUUAAAACAAAAACACAUCUCAAUGCCACCAAGUGUCUUUGACUGUGAUCGCAUCCACAAACUUUAAUGUAGAGUAAAUUAAAUGUGAUUGGGACAGUUUUUUGCUCACCAUAAACAAACAAAUUAUAUAUUUGACAGCUAGGGCUCAGCAAAAACAUUUUUCCUUCAAACCUUGUAUACCUAAACAGUCCAAUUUUACCUUAUGUCCCAAACACCUUUUUUUUUCAUUAUAAUUUUUUUAACAAUUUAGCUAGGCCAAUUGUCCCACUCAGCUACUACUCAGCUGUAUAUCUUCAUCACUAGUGAUGCCACAUCACAAGGAGUGUGAAGACCAGAACAUGCCUCCUCUGACACAUGUGAAGUCAGCCACCACUUCUUUUUUUAAACUGCUGCUGAUUCAGCUACCUGCUAAUUACCUGCUAAUCGACAUCACCUUUUGGAUUGAUGAGGGGAAAGAGUGCCAUCUACCCACCCAGAGACCAGAGCAAGACCAAUUGUGCUCUCUCAGGGCUCCGGCAGCUGAUGGCAAGCUACAUGACCAGGAUUCGAACCAGCGAUCGUAGGUUCCGAUCCAACGGACCACUCAGCACCCCGCCCCAAACACCCUUAACUUACCCUAUUAUACUACACUGUACCAUAUAACGACUGGGGUGGUGUGCUUUUUUUGGCAUACUUGUUUAAUUUGGUAGCGUGGUCCUGUGUAGUUUAAUAUGCAGUUUUGGAUGCACCCUUAUCCAAGGUCUAAAUAUCUCAAUAUGUCAGUGAGAGAACACCAGUAAAAUCAAGGCUAACACAGAAAGUUUAUCCACUUGCUAGCCUGAAUCCAGUAAAGCAGUAAAUAUUGUAUAUUGCUGUCUCUGUCAUAGAUCUGUGAUGAAAGCUCAGAUGGACAUGCGCCUGCAGAUACCCCUAAAAAUAAUAAUCUUGUAAAAAUAUAACAGCCCCCCAAAAAACCCUGCGAAGACUUGGCACAUGAUAAAGUGUAGCAACUCACCACAUGAACAGACAUUGUGUGGUAUGAAAAGGUUUUUUUUAUGUAAGAUGUUUAAGAAGCAGUUUCCCCUCGGGAAGGGCUCAAAUGAUCAUUGUCUUAUUUUAUAUUAGUUCUUAUAAAAUUGUGAUUUUUUUUUAAUCAGCUACGUACAAAUGUUACUGAUGAGUGUUUAUGUAUGUUUUUGGCUCUUGUAAAGUCAUGUAAAACAAUAAAUUGUAAAUACCAGUUUGACAGUCUUGCAGUGUGUGAUAUAGAGCACAAUAAAUGGUAUUUUUUUCAUUA